AUGUGUUACACAGCCGGAAGCCUCUGGAUGGCGGCAUUCAAGUUGCCAAUGUGGCUGAUUUCAGACAUUUACAUCUGUGCAUCCACAAGACUGUUCGAAGAGCCAUGUACUCCUGUGGCUGGUUUGUUCAAUUUGUCUGGGACGCCGGAGUUUGUCCCAUGGUUCAACCUGGGUAAUAUUGGCGAUGUUCUUCAGGCUCUGGGACUUGACUCUGUAACGAAAGUGACGAGGCCCCGUCACUUCAAUUGGAAGGACGCUGGUACCCGAGGCGUCGAGCUUUCCAAAGAUUGA